AUGAAGUUGUGUGCUGUAACGUUGGUAACAGCAAGUUUGGCAAUUGUUUAAUUUGAAGAUUAUUAAUUUGGAGAUCACUAUGUAGUGUUGAGUGUUUUCUGUUAGUUGAUUGCUCAUCAGGCUGAAAAAUAUAUAUGAAUCCCACCGACUGACUUCAUUAUUAGCUCAGGCAGAUGUUCGAAUUAUGUACUGCUAACUUACAUUGAGGUGCUUGUUUUGCAUUUAAUCUUUGCAUAAGUAGAAAUCAGAAAUGCAUGCUAGACAGUAACAACUAAAAGCGGGCUAUUUCAGAUGAAAUAAGUGCGUCAGUACUUUGAAAUACUGAAUGUGCGUGCAUGCACUAACGAGAUUCUCAUGAGGUUCUCGUUUGAAAUAAUAGUCUUUCCUAAAAUAUGUGCGUAGACCUCGCACUAGGCUUUGGAUUUCAGUCAUUUACAAUGUGGACGCAUACGCUUCACAGGAGGACAGACGUUUUUGAUGUGUCCACCUUACAACUAGGAUCAAACGAGCGUUAUAAACCUGUGUGAGGAAUUAGAAUUCUGAUUUAGAGCCGAUGGUCAAGGUUAGAGAUUAAAAUGAGGGUUUUCAUCACGAGCUGACAUCAGCUGUAAUGCCGAAACUAUCUAACCAAACGAAUGAGUGAAUUUCGCUCCAAAAUCUGAGACCUGUUAUCUUAUACCUGAUUGGUUCGUCCAUAAAUUAUAAUUUCGCCGACAAUUUUUACUGUGCCAGAUUUGGUACUAUAACAAAAGCUUGUCCUCCUGUAUAGAAGAAGUGAUGCAUUUCCAUCUUUUAGCAGUCAGUUCUACUGGCCAUAGUAGUGGAAGACUAAUAGAGAUGUGGUGUUGUGAAGUUACUUCUGUAAAAUGCUCCCAACUGAUGGUGGUAAGAGCCUAGUCAUUAUUUCCAAGUCUCACAGCUGGUGAAUCUAUAUAGCUCAGAGGCUGUACAGUUGAACAAACUUUGAUGUCCACAUUUACGUCUAAGAAGUUCCCUGACCUAUUUCGUUGUAAAUGACAAACGAUUGGUUCGUUCGCAUGAGGUUAUCCAUGGUAUCAUAGAGGAUAUUUAAAUUUAAACUACCCUUUUUCAUUAAAAGAGUUAAUAUCAGCUAUACAUAAUGCUGAAGUAGCUCAGUUUUAAUAGAUAAAAUGUCUGUUCGGACAAUGUUAAGUUCAAUCACAAACUAUCAUAGGCUUUAAUCCAAAAAUAACAAAGUUACCUAAACACUCUUUGUAAGUAGUGAUAGAAUUUUUGGAUAGUCUAAUGUGCGAGCUUUAACUAAGUAAAGAGGAUUUUGUUCCAGAAAAUGUGUCUGGUCUCAUACUGUACUAAACCAUGUUCCAUCAAAGAAGCCUGUAUCAAAUAUAUCGUCAGACCCAACUGAAGAAAAAUCUUUCCAAUUGAUGUCUGGUGCAUUAAUAUCUCUCAAUGUCAGACACCUACUUUUAAUUCAGGGCUUAAUAUUUCCCAAUACAAAAUCAUGAAUGAAGUAGAUUAACCUACGUAUGGUUGAUGCGACGUAGAAUAAAUAUGAAAUCGCUAAAAAUGCGUUUACAUCUAUUUUCCCCACGGACUUCGCCCUCAUGACACUCAAGCAAGGAAAAAUAUAUAUCCCUAUUACCCGUAACUACACACGAAAACAAGUUGGUCACUUUUAAAUCCUUCCUACACCUCCUAAUAACUCUCUUAUCUCCACGACUGACGUCCGAAUCUGCACUAUCAGCAGUAGCGCAUACAGUGUUUUUCUUGACUUAUGCUGGAUUUGCCAAAGGUGUUUGGCCGUCGUUUGGCACUUUUUUUUAACAAGGUAGGGAUUUGUCUAACUUCGUCGAGUAGAAUCGACUUUGUGAGGCAGUACUCUUGACAUAACCAGGAUUAGGCUAGUUUUCAGCGGCGUCCGUAUAUAGUUGAUGACAUAUUGUUGCACGUUUUCUGACAUUUUUAUUAGCUAUCACACUGAAUGCCAUCUUCGACACCGAAAAAACAGUGGUGGACUACAUCAUUGAUUUUUAAAGACCACUUUAACUAGUUUGAUGGGAGUAGCACCAUGGAAAAAAUCGAAAAAUGUAAGCGAAAAGAACGUGGGAGGUGCUAACAGUUACGCUAUCAGUGACUAAAAAGAUUAAUAAAAUUUACAAAAAUAGCUGUAAUUAGUGAUAGUCAAGCUUUUAGUACGUCUGAAACGUUUUAUAACCCAACUGGACUUAAAACACGAAAAAAACAGUAAUAGUGGGAUUUUGUCUUAGACUGUAAACGGCGAUGUCCAAAUCUUCCUCUGCUUCCAGGAUCAGCAAUGGCUUACUCACAUAGCAAAACAUACACAGGGUUACUGAUACUUAAGAUUCAAAGAUCAGUCACAUUCUCCAGGUUCUAAACAAGUACGCAUCCAACAAAACCACAUUGGUUAUUGCGCUGCUUUUUUCCCCGAAUAGGUAAGAAGCUAUUUGGUUUUGUAGACCAAUGCAUACGUACGAUCACUAUCAAAGUUAGCAUGGAAACUUGCACUCAGGCAGCAAAAACAGUUAAUCUAAAGGAUUCUCAGGAAAUUAACAGAAAUAUAUCGAAGUUUCUAGUAUGCUACACGCUACUCACAAGAUUGCUUGUAAACAUCUAGCUGAACGUGGCCUCGAAGCUCUCAUAGUAGUCAGACGGAGAAAAGAGUUUCAGUACAUCAAAAGCACUGUAUAGGCAGAACACUUAAAGAUCAAAUGAGAAGACAUUUCGUAUCGCAGAACAGACCGCAAGAUCCAGAUGGAUAGUUAAAGGCUAUGUAUAUGUAUUAUAUCAACACUUUGUAAUUUUUCACAAAUUUCCUUUCAUUCUCUGACUUUUAUGCACUAACAGAACCCAGAAACAAUAAUAAUUGCAGUUAACGAACAGGUCAAAUAAAAACAUGAGUUUUUACUUAUAUAAUCCAAGUCAACGUUCACGAUAUGUACUUUUUAUGUUACGAAUACACUGAAUUAGAGUCAAUUUAAAACGAUUUUUCAAACGCAUGCACCAGGAAGAAUCACAAAAGUAUUCCAAAUCUAUUGAAUGCUACAAAUCUACGUACUAACAUCCUUGAUCUUAACGGUAGUGUAUAAUUCAUGUCGUACACAUAGGUUUUUUCAAAAUAUCUGACCAGAUUGCUCAUGCAUGUUACAUCGAAAUGCUUCACAGAAUAAUCCAGCUAGGAAGAAUCAUUAAUUCGUUGUUGGUUGACACAGAAAUCCACUUAAAAUAUCUCUUCUGUUCCAUUCACAACCAUUUUAAACCAUUAAUUACCGAACAUCAAACAUGUUUUCCCUGAGAAAUUGUUGAUACACAAGGCCUAGUCAGCCAACCAUUUCACAUGAACGAGCUAUGCGGAAUGUGAAGACAAACGUUUGGAAAAUAUAGGGGAUACGCAACAUUUGAGCUUUCGUAUGGAUACAUUUUCAAUUAAUUUGCUUUCAUAUGGUACCAUUUGACCCUAUUUAAUUCCCAACUGGAUUAUUUAUAGUAUACACUGAUUGUAAGUUCGGAUUAGUUUAUGCAUGUAUAGUUUACGGAAGUCCUCGUUGUUAGUAUAUUAGAUGUCGGCCUUAUUUUUUCUCAUACAAAUCUGGAUGGCCGCUGGAUGUUUAAUUAUUUGAACCAACUUCCUGACACUCUCAUCAUAGAUCUAAGCAGUGACUGUUAUGACCUUAGAUCGUGCUCCAUGUGUGUCACUAUGAAAUUGUUUCAAAAAACGUACGUCGUAAAAGACAAAUUGCCUCUAUGGUCCUUAUCAGAACUAUAUACAGAUGCAUAGAUACAUGUAUGAGCAAAACAUUCACUUUUCUGGUUCUUGAGUAGAAUGAGUCAUUAAAAAUAAACUCAUUUACUUGGUUCUUUUAAACCCAAAAGCAAGAAUAAAUUCCACUUUUGGUACCUUGGUGUAGGAAAUUUGGCAGAUCUGAUCAUAAAGUUCAGCUAUUACCUUAAUUGCUUUCAGUUUAGACAAGGAAUGAACUGUUCUUCGAAGGAAAGUAUAAAAUCUACUAAUUAGCGUUUACGGACUUGAAGUGCAUUUGAUAAUUACUUUCACUCACAUAUUUUAUAAAUUGGCACAUUUAAACUGAAAACCAAAUCAUUUUUAGAUGACGGAAAUUCGCUCUGUGGUGUUUGUCCUACUAAGUGAAACCACACUGUGUACCGUUACUGGACUGUAUUUUAUUUCUCACAGUAGUUUUACAGUAGGAAGAUUUACUACAAUGGCAAAUCUAAUUAUUUACCCAUUACUUUGAAUCAAGUUUUAUCUUUUGCUUUGAGUAAAGAACACAAACUCUAUCACAUUCUUUGAUUCUAAUAUGUGUAAAUAUGCUUGACAAUAGUAACGUAAAGACAAACUUUUAGUUCGAGAAUCUAUUUAUCCAGACACAAGGUUUGGUCAAAAAAUUUAGAACUAGAAAGAUUUAAAACUACAUUGAUUAACAGCUGUAAUUAGUUUACAAGCAACAAGCAUCACAUUAGAAGCGUGCUUGCUAAGAAAAGUAAGGCCAUCUGAAAAUUAGAAUUUAAUGAAUGUUUUAUGGUCACUGCAAAGAACAGGGUACUGUAAUUUCAUAACAAGAUUGGUAACAAAUAAAAUGAGCCUUUUUACGAAUGACCAAACAAUAUUCUGGGAACUAGGGUCAUGCUCAGACGUAACAGAGAAGACUUCACAUCGACUAAACACAACAUAAAAAUCCAACAAGCUUGAAAUCUGUUGAUUCUACUAAACCCUGUGUCUGGAUAAAUAGAUUUUCAACCAAAAAUCUAUCUUCAAAUAAUUCUCAUAUCUACGCUUGUCACAAAACUUUGGACCUAGUAACCAACUUCUAGUGGAGUCUCAUUCAAACUUACAGAAGUAAAGUUAAAAGCGUACCAGCUACCAGGUAAGUCAGGUUCAGAUGAUUGGUUACCUAUUGCUUUGAUUUGAUUGAUUCUUCCCUUAUUUCCCUUGUGUCUUUUUUACUUCCUGAACAUAUUUCGAAAAUAAAUCCUUUAGAUUUCGAGGAAGAUCUUCAGUGGUAUAUAGUCUCUAUGGGAUCUCUCUUUUUAACUUAGUGACACGUCCAAUAUAAUUCAAUAUGGCUAAAGGCAUAUCUUUUCAGUGACUUAUCAUUAGGUUUGACUUUACAUCGAUGAACAGAUUUUCAGUAUUUUCCUGUGAUACUUUAUUAAUUAUACGUCCAUCUUCCUUAUUUUACACGAUAUUCUUAUUAAUAUUCUUAUUAUCAUUAUCACCAUCACAAUUACCAUGACAUAACAAUUUCUAUUUUUUUACAUAGGAUUUUAAUCUGUUAAUUAGGACUCAUCACUUUAGGCCAAAUAAUUUCUACUGCUUUUCCUCGCAUGACACUUUUAAUCCUAGUAAUUAACUAUCAUGGUUUUAUUUGAGAAUUAGUCAACCUAUAAUCUAUUAUUUUCAAUCUAAAAUUGUGAUUAAACCAACUAGCAUGUUCAUAUGUAUACUCCAAUAUUUUUCUACAAUGCAAUAGUUACUGAUUCAUAACUGUACAAUCUGAAGACGUUAUUCAAAUGUUUUCCAAAGUACUAACGUUUUUAUGUUUAUGCUUAUACAGUAUAUUACUAUAAUAUCCUAAAACCAGGAUAAAAUCGUCCGAACAAUAUCUUUCAGAGAUUGCAGCAUGCUAGGUAUCAAAAUCGUGUAUUUAUUAUUUUCUUCACGGUUUCUAAAUAUAUAAACCCUUUGGUCCAAUCAGCCGCAAGUUGGGGUAUUUUCGUUAAUUUCACUCACUUUAAUGCGACUUCAAAGAUUGAUCGAAAUUUGUAAGAUGUGGUAAGUUUAUAUAUUUAUUUAACUAGUGUUGUAUUGCAAAGUUGUCAAUUUGUGAAAAUCAAAAUAGUUGCAAUACUUACUAAGAUUUUUACCUAGCUACCCCUGGAAAAACAUCUAAAAUCAUCACGAGAGAAUCAGUAUAUGUUUAAGUGAACUUCUCAGGCAGAUAUACCGUCAUUCUGCUUGACUGCUUACUGUAACUGUUCGAUUCUAGUUAUAUUAUUAGCAUGUUAUUAGCGUGUUUUGGUGAUAUCGAAUCGAAUUUCAUGAACACAGAGAAUUUCUUAAAUGGUUAAGCAUGCCAGUGAUUCUCCAUGUCUGUGUUUCUUGUUUUUUAAUUUACUGGUGCGCUGAAUUGCUGCCUAUCUUUUUAUUUUAUAGACUUUUUCGCACCAUAAUGCUUGACCUGUAGGAAGACCUCAUCAGCUGUUUUUUUACUAGCUAGCUGGACCUUAUCACAUCUUUUAUCCAAACCACUCCAUUAAUAUGUCCAGUUUCUUUCGUAAAGUCUUUAGCAAUUAUAGCUGUCCUGAUGGACUGUACGUGGAUAAAGAAGGCUGUAAAUUGUUAUUUAUUGAACUUUAUGGAAGAAAACCGAAUAAAGAAGAGAUGAAAUGUAUUUUAUCAUUUUCAGAAUCAAAUAUCAAUGGUGAGCCCAUUGGUAUAACAUUUUCUGGUUUUCUUUCUUCCGUCCAAAUGCUUCAGAAACAUUUUCAGAAUCUUCCACAUAUUGACGAACACAAUAGAUUAUCAUUUGAUUGUUUAGAUCUAAAUUCGAGGGACUUUGUCACGAUAAAUGAUUUACACAAAAUAUGGAGUAGAUACUUACCAUCUUUACCAUCUGGUCUACUGCGUACUAUUUUCAGAGAGUUUGACCAAGAUUGUGACGGUCGAGUUUCAUAUGAAGAUUAUCUACAUACUACAAAGUUUAAGAUGUAAUCAGUAUACGAAGAAAAAACGACUGCUAUGGAAUAUUUCAGUGACUUUAAAGAAAUUAUCAUAUAAUUGAUUUAAUGUACAAUUGAUUAUGGUCGUAUUUCCUGCCUACUAUGUAUAAAUCAACGUGUGUUUACAUUAUUUUCAUAAUUUAUUAAUUGUUUAGAUAAAACUUAUUUGUUUGUUCUUUUCUUGUAACAUACGUUUCUUCAUUAGUUUUACAGUGAAAUAAAUAGUUAACUUUGUAGCAUUUUGUUGACUGUGGCAUGUUUAUUUUUUUUACACAAACAAACAAGCGUUUACUUGAUGCUAGUUAAAGUUUUUGAAGUUUGUAAACCGUGAAUUUCGAACCUUACAAAUCACACUGUGAACUCAAACUAGGAAAUUUACCUACAUGGUUCCCUCAUUAAGCAUUGAGGCUGCCAGUUAUACACUAAAAGCAAUGAACUCAAUGAAGUUACACAUUAACACCAUCGGAUGCCGGCUACGUAGAUUUCUUCAUAUCCAACUCCUACAAAUGGCCGAAGCUCUCACCAUCCAUGAGCUGAAGCCAGAGCUAUGUGUACAAAAAAGUACGUCCCAUCGUUAUCGUUCCCUUGGUCUUAAUUUUCAUUACUGUUAUUACUACGUUUUCCCCUUUACUUAUGUCUCAUAUUAUUCUCAUUAUUUCAUUUAUAAUUGCUUAUGAUAUCACUUUCUUUAUUUUUCACACCUCUAUGACCUUUAAUUAUUGUGACAAAAACACUUUAAUCAUCUUACUAUAUUCACGUUAUAAUUUGUUGCUAACUUAUUAAGUCUAUUGUUAUUAUUCGCAUUACGUAAUCUUGUAUUAUAAUCUUCCUACUACACCAUCUUGGUUAUUCCUUGUUCACAUGUUCUCACGAAACUAAUACUUUGACAAAACAUUUUCAUAUAUAUAUAUAUA